AUGGCCGACAAGGAGGCGUCAGUAUACAUCGUCGACCUCGGCUCGUCCAUGGCCGAUUGUCACAACGGCCGCAUUGAAUCGGACCUAGACUGGAGCAUGCGCUAUGUCUGGGACAAGAUCUCGACCACGGUCGCCGCCUCGCGCAAGACGUGGACCGUCGGCGUCAUCGGUAUCAAGACGGACGAGACACGGAACGCGAUGCAGGACGACGAAGGGUACGAGAACAUCUCCGUCUUGCAGGAGCUCGGUCCCAUGACCAUGACGUCUCUGAGGGAGCUCAAAGAGGUAAUCAAGCCGAGCGAGACGGAGACCGGCGAUGCCGUCUCUGCGGUGGUCCUCGCUGUAGACAUGAUUGAGACCUUCACCAAGAAGCUCAAGUUUAAGCGGCGCAUCUACCUUAUUACUGACGGUCUGGCUCCUAUCGACGAGGAUGGUGUCGACUCGAUUGCCAAGAAAAUCAACCACGAUAGGAUUGAGCUGAUUGGGGUGGACUUUGACGAUGCAGAGUACGGCUUUAAGGAGGAAGACAAGCCAUCGAUCAAAAAAAAGAAUGAGAAGCUUCUCAAGGGCCUCGUCUCGCAAUGCGACAACGCCCAGUUCGCAACCAUCGCAGAGGCCAUUGGCGAGCUUGACACCCCCCGCCUCAAGCCCGUCAGGCCCUACAAGACGUACGACGGGCCCCUGACCCUCGGCCUCGCCGAUCCGCCCCCGGAACUCAAGAUCCCGCCCACGCCCGUCGUCAUUAACGUCGAGCGCUACUUCAAGACCAAGCAGGCCAAGCCCCCGACGGCCUCCACGGUCGUUGUAUCAACGGAGGGGCAGGGUGCCGCGUCGCAGUCGACGCAUACCCUUGAUGGCGAACCAAUGGAGGGCGUCGAGUCCACUUCGGGCUUUGCGGCGGUCAAGUCCGCGCGGACGUACAAGAUCAACGACCCCGAAGCGCCGGGCGGCAAGCGAGACGUGGAGUUCGAAUCGUUGGCCAAGGGCUACGAGUACGGUCGAACAGCGGUGGCGAUCAGUGAGUCCGAAUGGAACGUCACCAAGCUCGAGACAGUCAAGAGCUUUAGCAUUAUCGGUUUCAUCCCCUGUGAAAAGUACGAACCAUUCCUCAACAUGGGAGAGACUUGCAUGACAGUUGGCCGCAAGUUUGACGAAAAGUCGCAGCUCGCCCUCUCCUCCCUCAUCCACGCCCUCUACGAGCUCGAGUCCUACGCCGUCGCCCGUCUCGUGGUCAAGGAAAAGAAGGACCCCGUCCUGGUUCUCCUUGCCCCGCGCAUCGAGCCGGACAUGGAAUGCCUCUACGACGUGCCCCUCCCCUUCGCGGAAGACGUGCGCGGGUACCAGUUCCCGCCCCUCGACCGGGUCAUCACCGUCAGCGGACAGAAGAUCACGACGAACCACCGCCUGCUGCCUGGUGACGAGCUUACCGAUGCGAUGAGCGAUUACGUCGACUCCAUGGACUUGGGCACUUUUGGUGCAGACGAUGAAGGAAACCCGUCAGAGUACGCCGCCAUCGACGAUACCUAUAACCCCAUCAUCCACAGAAUCAACCAGGCAAUUCGCCAGAGGGCAGUCAACCCCGAUGGUCCCAUCGACCCCGUCCCUCCAAUACUCGUCCGCUACGCCGCACCGCCCGAGGACCUCGUCGAGAAGUCAAAAACCCAAGUCGAAGCCCUCAUCUCAGCAGCACAAGUCAAGAAAGUCCCUCCAAAGGCAAAAGGCAAACGCAAGUACGAAAGCUCGAAGCCGCUAUCGGGCCUCGACAUUGACGCGCUCCUCGGCACGCAGCCCAAACGCCCCAAAAUCUCGGCGGAAAACGCUAUCCCCGAGUUCAAGCGCGCCCUCGCUGUCGCGGACGAGGUCGACGCGAUCCGCGACGCCGCGCGCCAGAUGGGCGACAUUGUCGCGCGGCUCGUCGCCGACAGCUUCGGCGACGCAAACUACGCCCGCGCCGCCGAGAACCUCGGCGUCCUGCGCAGCGGCCUCGUCGACCUGGAGGAGCCGGGCGUGUACAACGACAUCAUCAAGGACCUCAAGGGCAAGAUGCUCUCCGGGGAGCUGGGUGGCGACCGGCGCGAGAUGUGGUGGAAGAUACGGACGUCGAGGCUGGGGCUCGUUGAUCAAGCGACGUCCGAGGUUUCGGAUGUUACGAGCGAGCAGGCCGAUGAGGUUUGUUUUUCCGUCCAUGAUGAGGCGUGGCGUUCCAUGGCUAACGUGAUCACAGUUUUUGAAAUCAAAAUGAUGGGCUACGAAGCGGGCGUUUAUUCAUGUAAAUCAGGGGUAUCAAUCACGGGUCCCAAUCGAACCCGUGCUUCCUUCUAUGAUCACUUAUCUGCUUCUAUCCAUCCUUCAUCCUUGGGUGUCAUGUGGCAUUUGCAUAGGAACCUGUCCUCAAGUGUCAAUCGACUGCUCCUCGCCUCCCAUGUUCAGUUUCUUCUGGUCCUUCUUGGCUCUCGCCGCAACCGCCAGGCCAAUCAUCGCCUGGAUAGUGUAGGCCGCGUCGUUGCCCGCGUUAUGCAGGUUGCUGUGCUGGAUACCCAGGUCAGUGAGAACCAGGCCCAGGCUGCGGCCCUGCGUCUCCUGGCGCCAGGCCUGAUGCAUGUCCUUGGUGUCGAGGGUGCGGCUCAUGACGCCGCCAACGCUCCACAGCUCCACGCCCAUACUGUCCAGAUACCCGAGAUCGGAUCGGAGGUCGUGGCCGAGAAGGACAAUGUUACGGAAACGUCUGUCGGCGUCGGCAACGCCCCCUUGGCCAGCAACAGAGAGAUUGCUGAUUGUGGCGAUGAUCAUGUCGCCGAGAUCGCAGAGCUUGGGCUCGGGGCAACCCUUGACGUAUUUGCGGUUGCGGAUGUGACGGUACUCGUCGGUGAUGAAGUGGCGGUUCUUGAUGAACGGGACCCAGUUGCAGCCAUUCUCGCCAAGCGGGACGCCGGCAAGGUCUCUGGUGUCCAAGGUCGACAGUCCGAUUUCAAGAACGGUACCGUGAUGUUCUUCGGCGACCUCAAUAUCGAUGCACACAAAAACAACAUCUUGAUCCCGGGUAUGGGGUGCCGGCUGGUCCAAUGCGACCUCCUUCUCCUUCUCGGCGAUUUCGCUUGCUUUGGGACGGAGACCGAGGAACAGCUGCGCGUCAUAGAGUGA